UAUAGUUCAACAAUCUCACUUGACUCGUCCUGCAAAGAUGGAAAUGAUGCUUCUCAACAUACUUCUGCUGGCAAUUUUCUCCUGUUGCUCAGGCCUACCUACUUAUAAUGCUGGAAGCAAACAAGAUGCAAUCACCAGUGCAUUAGAUGCUUCUAUUGAUCAGUUGAACAGCCAAUCUUGGGGAAGAAACCUACUAAAGUUGUCAGGGACAGGAGUAAUAACAAUAAAACCAUUGUUCCAGGAUAGAGAUAGAAGGCAAUCUGAUUUAUUUGAAAUAUCACUACGAUUCACAAUAAGAGAAACCACAUGCAACAAGAAUACAGCUACCGAUCCCUCAGAAUGUGAAUUCCAAGAAGGGCCAUACACGGCAACACCCUGUGAAAGCAAAGCUUUAGUAUCAAAAGGGAAAGCUAUAGUCUUAAAAGCCGAGUGCAACCUGUCCAGCUCAUCUGAAUCUGAAAGCAGUGAAGAGAUGUUCAAGAGAACUCUCAACUCGAGGAAAUACAAGGAUUAAAUCAGGUAUCAAAAUUUGAACCCUUGUUGGGAAGAGGAAGAAGAAAGAAUCCGAGACCAUUUUCAAAUGGAAUAGAUACAUGGAAUAUACAUUCAAAUCCGGUGCUGAUGAUGUCAGAUAUUAGAUCACUACUUAUAUUCUGAACAUUACUUGCAUGACAUGUGAUGAGCUCUGUGCUCAAGUGCAUGUUUGAAAUAGAUAAAUAAAGUACAGAUCUAAACCCAA